AUGAGUACUGUGACAAAUGAGUCAAAGAAGAAGGAAAGCAUAGACAAAGCUCUUCUUUAACAAUAGAGAGAACAACUCAAAUAAACUGUUUUGGAAAGAUUUAUCAAGGAUUUUGGGAAGAAUAACAAAAAUAAAAUAUAAAUAAUCACCAAUAUUGUGAAUGAAUAUUUCUCAAAAACUAGAGUUACCGAUGUUACUUUGAAAAAUUUAAAACAACAAGUUUAAUAAGCAAUUCAAAAUGCAGGAUCCACAACCCAAUCUCAAGCAGAAUAAUCAAUCAAGGAAUCCUAAGUCACACAAUAACAAUAGUUGUAAUAGAUACCAUAAUAGAAACCUCCAAGUAGUCAAUCAAGGAAAUCAAAUUAAUAAAUGUAAACAGCAGCAUAAUAACAUCAUGAUGUCUAUUCUGAAACAUCUUCAAAGGCACCCAAAUCAGUGUACAUGAUGGAGGGAGAUGAGGAUGAUGAAUGGGCGACUUUAGUUAAAUUUGAUACUGAAUUGUAUAAAAAAGAAAAAGAACUUGAGCUUAUAAGAAAGUAGGAGUUUAAGAAGAAGAUCAAAUCGGAGUUGGAUAGAUAAAUAAAUGAGAAAUAAGGGAAGAAACACGAAGAGGUUCAAGAUGAAGAUGCUUAUGUGAAGUUGCAUCAUUAUCAAUUGAAUGUAUAUGAUUAGAGAGAGAAGGACAAGCAAGAUAAUUUGAAGAAUAAAAUAUAUAAUGAAAAGUUAUAAAGAGACAAAUAAGUAAGAGAUGAAUAGCAAAGAAAAAAGGUUGAAUAAAAAAGAGAGAAAGAACUGGACAGUUUGUUGGUGAAGAAAAUUAGAGAAGAAUUAGAAUUAGAAUAAAGAGAGUAAUUAAACAGAAGAAACAAAGAAAGAGAGCGUUUUCUAAGAAUGAUGAAAGAAAAUGAAGAGUAUAGAAAGAAAGCCUUAGAGGAUGCUAAGUUGGAGAAGGAAGCAGAAACUUAAAUGCAACAAUAAUACAUCAGUUUAUAGAAUCAAUUAGAGGAAUAAAGAGAAUUAGAGAGGAAAUAGAGAGAGGAUAAGAUGAAAAAGGUUAUGGGAAUGUUUGCUGAAGGAGUUGUUCGAGAUCAAAAAGAAUUGAUUAAAUAGGAGGAUGAUAAAAUGCUUAGGAACAUUAUUUAAUAGAAUGACAGAGAAAAGAUUGAAGAAGAGAAGAAAAAGUUAAAAUAAUUAGAUUAAAGAUAACAAUUAAGAUCCUUUUUGAAUUCAUAAAUUGAAGAAAAAAAGAGAAGACAAGAAGAAGAGGAGGAACUCAAUAAAAGACAAGCAGAAAUUUGGAAAUAAGAUUUAGACAAUUAUAAUGAUCACGAAAGAAAGAAAUUUGAUUACAUUAAAGAAGUAAAUUUAAGACAUGCGGAUAUAUUAAAAAGUUAAAUCUAAGAAAAACAAGGCAAAAUCAAGUAAAAGUCUACUAAAAUGAACACAGCUGAGUUAUUAUAAAAUAAGGAUAAACUAAAAGUUAUUGCAUAAGAAGUACCUGAUCUAGGAGAUAAAGUAAAAAAAAUAGAGAUUUGA